UUUAAGCCAACUUUGAUCCAUAUCUGUGUGCUAUCCAUAACUGUGGGGUGACUGUACUUCCCGGAAUGCUGACGGCAAUUUGUCCCAGAACAUAUACAGGGUUGAGCGUAGAUUUCUUUAGGAAACCAUAUAUUGAUUUUUUCAGAAAUUUGGAAUGCUCCUAUAAUUAUUCUAAGAGCUAAAGAAAUUUCUUGUAACAAUUCCUACAGUUAAUUCCCCAAGAUUUUCGCUAUAGAUAUUCUCAAACGUUCCUCAUACAAGCCAGCACUUUUUGGGGGUCAUGCAUAAGUCAUGUCACGCUUCACUAAGCAUGAGAAAACACCAAUUCUUUUGAAUUGUGAAAGUUUGACUUCAUGAUGUCUUCUUGCAGUGCCUUAUUGAAUGAGAAAGAAAUGAAAUAUGCAUUGAUAUAAAUGUUACCGAAUCAAAGAAUCAAAAUAUUGUUACAGUGAUGGAAUCUGAUGAAAAUGCAAGGCUUGAGAGAGUCUCAUAAGAUAUUCAUAAUCCACUGUGUUGAAAAAUAAGGCAAACUUUUGACUAUAACCAAUGUUGCAUUCAAUCGAUCCCACGUGAUAUUGAGUUUCGUUCCGGGAAAUCCUCCCAACGUCGAAAUCCGUAAAACAUCAAGCAAUUACAAGGUUACGGUCACCUUAGCUUGAUCGAUAUCGAUUGCCUACUAGCGCCACUUGACACUUUUCACAAAAAGGAUUACCUACCCAUCUUCAGCGGUCGUUGUCUUGAAGCAUCGUCCGGCCGCUGGCGCUGUUGAAUAUUGAUCGAUUCCGAUUGCAAUUCUGAAGGCAGCAGAAUGAGGUUCGAAACGGAGAAAGAAGUGUAAAGCCGGGUCGGGUUGGAAACCGAUACCGGUUAUUUGCCUCGGGGUAGAUCGCGCCGCAGCGGUCAACGUUUCCAGAAACCCUUAUCAUACUCCUACACCGUAAAAGUGAGUAGGGUAGGUAAACGAAAAGCGCCGGUAUCCGAAUUGCAACGGAAUAAGAGGGACAAAGGCCAAGGUAUGAUUGGCCAGAUAGGCGGAGUCUAAAUCAGCGCGUGUGAGAGAGGGCACUCUGUACGUUAAGCGCUUUAAGCAUGCUUGCUGACCCUAAAGAGUUGUGCUAAGGAUGAAACGUGCUGCGAAAGAUAAGUGGAGGAGAUCGUUUGUCUCGUUCGGUACUAGCACUGGUUAUCUCGUUUCUACUCCUACGGCGGACGAUGGGCUUCGAAGUAGGAGAUCCAGGUCCAGUGCUGUGUUUUGGUGCUCUCUCCUUCGCUCUUCCCUUUUGUUGUUCGGGUUUCUUUCGGUAUCGAAGAAUCACCUGUUCCGCUGCUGGAGCGCCAGAGAUUUUGAUCGAAUCGAUCUUCUUGAUCGUAGGCUCUGGGCGAAUCUUUUGGGAUGCUGUCGAUCGGGCUCGAGCCCACUGACCAGUUCAGUUGAUUACGAAACCUCAUCGCAAUUAGACGCGCUUUUUUGGGAGCUUCGAUCUCCUUCACCUUGUUUCAAUCGGUUCGGAGUUCGGACGCAGUUAGAGUGUUGCGUGCGUUUUGUGAAUUUCGAGUUGGAAGAUAAGAUCAAGUGUAAAUUGUAUUACUCAAGACGAAGUGGAGAACAAGUUUCGAUCGAGGGUUGAACUUUAAUGACGUUUAAUUGCGCGGUGAUUUGAAGGAGCGUAAAAAAGUAGCGCAAAAGAUCUUUAGUGGCGUGCGACAGUUCGAUCGGCCGCUGAUCAGGUGGAAAAAGUGAAGAAUUCGAUAAUUGGAUAAGUGAUUUUCAAGGACUUAAGAAUGAGUUCGGCAUACAUGCAGUAUCCUUCGAUGAUGUACGGUGGAGGGUUGGAAUCGUCGUACAAUCACUACGGAAUUACGACUGGUUCUCAGUGCUAUGGUUAUGGAACGGAUGGGACUUCCUCGGAAGGUUACCAUAGUCCGGGGCCAGUUCCAAGUCCGGAGUCGUACUAUGCAUCUCCAGGAGAAAACAGUCCUCAAAAUUACAACUAUGGAUACAACGGUUCCGGCGGAUAUCCCGAGUCUUACUACAACUACACAAAUGACAACUUCAAAACUGCUUGUCCAACGAUUCCCAAACUAAUACCAUCGAGUAGUGUCACAUCGAAUUCAGGUUUCUCCAGAUACUCGCCAAAUAAUACCGGCAAACAGUCUAGCCUGGACAGGAUUUACAGUCCAUACACGAUCCCAACCAAAGUCAGUCGUAGCUUAAAUCUGGGAAGCGUUCCAUCCAGUUCACCAACCCCAAGCACGUUGAGCACUACCAGUAGCAGUGGCGACUCGGGUAGUCUGGGUGUGAUCGCCCCGGGAGCCAUUCUGCAGCCGGAGAUUACGAAGAAACGUCGAUUGGCAGCGAAUGCACGCGAGCGGAGGCGUAUGAACAGCCUGAACGAUGCCUUCGAUCGCCUUAGGGAUGUAGUGCCUUCGCUGGGCAACGAUCGAAAACUGUCCAAGUUCGAGACACUGCAAAUGGCUCAAACCUAUAUUGCCGCACUAAACGAGCUUCUGUCGAGAAAUUGAGAGGAUCGGCUAUUUUUGUAGAUUUACCAGUAGGGUAAUUACGUUUUCCAUACCAAAAUCAUUAACUUUUUGAUCAUAUUAUAUAGGAUCAUACAGGUUUUCGAAGUCUGCAUGUUUAAGUUCAUAAUUCCGUUUGAUAGCUUUUUAGCUUUUUAACUAGUUCCAAGCUCCAAUAGAUAGAAUUUGUAAUUUCUCCUAAUAAGUUUGUGUGUAAUACUAGGCUUUGAGUGUUUUAUACGUACAUAAUUUGUAUGCUAGCAAACCAAUUAUUAGAUUUAAACCAUUCAGCUUAGGUCACUCGGUAGUCAACAGCAGCAGACAAUUAUUCGAGUUGUAAAUAUAUUCCGCUAGUUGCAAGUUCCUCGAUAAUUGUCCUCUAACCUUGCAUCGUAAGAAAAAGAAGACAAAACCAUUUAUCAACUAAGUAAUGAAACAAAAACACAUCACACUGGCUAAAAGUGUUUGUAGAGUUGUAAAUAGUAGGUACUUUUAUCCAAAACCUCGACGGCUCUCGCUCUGCUUGCGCACUUCGGACCAGACGGAGGCAGUGUCCAAUUAUCGAAUUACCGCCACCGAUGAUCGUUCGUCUGAUCAAUCAAUUGAUCGAUCGUGGAGGUAGCCUCUACCGUUUGCCAGGACGACGAUUGCUGUUGGGUGUUUUUGGGCGCGCGCUGCACAGGAAAAUACACUUAUGUGGACUGAUUCGAUUAGGUAUUUAAAUUAUGGAAACUUAGAAACGUACGUAAGGUGAGGUAAAAACGUUUAAUAAACGCGUUUAGCUGCAAGACCUGCCUGGAAGAGCGAGAUAAAAACUAGAACCCAAGAGAAGAAAGACUUAAGAUAGACUGCUGUAUUGCCUGGAGGCAACGAUUAAGUGAGGGAGUUAGAACGCAUUUUUUGAAUGAGCUCAGGAGAGGAUAGUGUGUAAAUAUACGAAACAAAAAUAAUCGUGCAAUUGAGAUGUAGGGAAAGAAACAGAUAGGUAGACAGAAAGGCAGGAGUGUAAAGAGAAAAAACGAAACGAAUCCAAAUGGAAAUAAAUGUAUAACAAA